UUUGGUCUGCAAGCCGGCUUCGGUGAGGUUGCGUUUCAUUUCGCUCGCACCGGUGGCGUUAGCUUGCACGAUCUCAGCACACCCGCAGCCUCGUCCGUCAACAGUCUGAUCGACAAUGAAGGCGACAUCAUACUGUUUCCUCUGUAUCCUGGCCGCUUGUGUGGGAAUCGGGAGGAGCUACUGGUACUACGCGAGGAGAACGAGCUGCAACCGUGGCCACAAGUAUAGCUACCGGCACGGCAAGUGUGUGGACAUCAACGAGUGCGCUCAGCGUCUGUGCGAUCACGGGUGUAUGAACUAUCCGGGUGGAUACCGUUGCCUGUGCAAUGCGGGAUACUCGCUUGCGAGCGACAAGAAGAGAUGUCGCGACACCAAUGAGUGCUCGAGAUCUAGGGGUGUGUGUCAGUACCAGUGCAGGAACACGGUGAGAGGAUACAGAUGUGUGUGUCCUCGUGGUCUCCAGUUGUCUUCCAACGGGAGGACUUGCAAAGACAUCAAUGAAUGCGAGAACAAGCAUAUUUGCCCUAGUGGAAGAAGAUGCAUGAAUACAUAUGCAAGUCAUUUGUGUCUCUGCAAAGCAGGCUACAUCUACCAAUUAGUGAGAGACAAGCUGGAGUGUGUGAAAAGUGGUUUCGAUCCCUGCAAGAGUGGCAGGCAUGAUUGUCAUGAGGAGGCUACAUGUACCACUCGUGGGUCAUCAUAUACUUGUACUUGUAAAAGUGGAUUUGAGGGCAAUGGGCGACGUUGUUCUGAUAUCAACGAGUGUGAUGCUGAGGAGGGAGAAGGCAAGAAUUCUUGCAGUUCCGAAUCUCAGUGUGUGAAUACGAGGGGCUCGUAUCAAUGUGUCUGUAGCACGGGAUAUGUGGGAAGUGGUCGAGUUUGCCAAGAUGUUGAUGAGUGCCAUAAAGGGUCGCACGUGUGCAGCUCUCAUGCUAUGUGUGUAAAUACCGAAGGCUCGUACACAUGCUCUUGCCAUACUGGGUUUGAGGGAUCAGGAAUCAUCUGUAAUGAUGUUAAUGAGUGUGAACGAUCUCCUUGUCCGGAGGAGUCGACCUGCAGAAAUACUCGUGGUUCGUUUACAUGUCAGUGUGCCAGCGGUUAUACAAGGACAGGGGAAGAAUGCCAAGACAUUAACGAAUGUGAACAGGGACCAUGCCAUGAAUCAGCAGUCUGUACCAACACAAAAGGAUCUUAUACGUGUACUUGUCAACCUGGAUAUGAAGUGAAUGGCGUGGAAUGUAUAGAUGUCGAUGAAUGUACAAGAUCUCCUUGUGAUGCCAACGCAAUCUGCACUAACACAGUUGGCUCAUAUUCUUGUAAAUGCGCGAUUGGAUAUGAAGGCUCGGGCAUUACGUGCAGUGAUAUGGAUGAAUGUGACCUGGAGCCGUGUCACCAGUUUGCUGACUGCAUUAAUACUCUGGGAUCGUUUCGUUGUGCGUGUCGAGAAGGAUAUGUCGGUAAUGGAAGAAGUUCCUGUGAAGUAAUCACUACACAACCUCCAACUGUACAAGAUACUACAAAACCUCCAACUGUACGAGAUACUACACAACAUCCGAGUGUGUUUCCUACUGAGGCAAAGGAUCUGCUCAGCGAGUUACCGGCUGACAUUUCUGGCUCUGGUAGCAAAGUACAGUCAGAUGGUAUUGAUGGUGACCGCACUGGUACCAAUGAUCUGGAUUCUCUAUCCAAAGCUAAUAGUGACCCUGACGGUGGAAGAAAUGAUCCUGGGUUACUAGAUGAAAAUGUUCCUGAUUUCUUUGAGCCACUGCUAUCGUAGAUGAAAUGGACUGAGUCAAAUUCUGUGAAGUAGGAUUGCUGUUAUGGCAUGUACUGUACUACUGUACUUUAGGGGAGAUAGGGGCAAUGGAUGACUUCGAUGUGGAUGCAGAUGUGCUGUCUGUAGUCAGGAGAUUGGUUACGUAAUUAAGUGCCUAGUUUAUCAUACACUGUGGUUCUUUACACAUCAAUAUGCACUGAUAACCUGAGAGUUGUACUGGAUGUGGAUUUGUAAUUCUUAUCAAUGUACAUCUACUCAUUUUGGCUCUGAUGUUUAUAUUAUCAGAUCAUGAUGAUGAUGAUGAGGGUAUGCAAGUGUAGUGACUAAACUUUGCUGUGUUGACUGGAAUGUGAACUUAUUAGCUAUAGUUUGAAUAA